AUGUCUUUCGGUGGCAGCGAUAUUCACUUUUUCAAGAUAAUAGAGGAAGACACCCUUCGAAAUGGGGAGCUGAGAAUUCCUCGAAAUUUUGUGAACAAAUGUUGGGAGGGAAUAUCAAACCCGAUUCUCCUUCUGCUUCCUAACGGUGCUAAAUGGGAAAUAAAUUGGAAAACACUUGAUGCUGACGUAUGGUUAGUCGAUAAUUGGAAGAAAUUUGUAUUAUUCUAUUCUUUGGAUCAGAACCAUCUUUUGGUGUUCAGAUAUGUAGGGAUGUCACGGUUUCAAGUUGUAAUACUUAAUCAAAGUGGCUUGGAAAUAGGGUACCCUUUGAUGGAAGAAACGUUACAUGGUGAGGAAAAUGGUAAUUCUUUACUUGAGCGUAAAAAGGCAAAAUCUUCAUUACCGUUGUCUCCUUGUUCUAAGAAGGUGAAAAUCAACCCAAUAAAGGAACCAUUUUCUUAUUCUACUAAGCAAGUGAAAACUAACCUGAGAAAAGAUCUCACCCAAAGUGUUGAAGAUGAGGUUGGUUGUGCAAAGCCCAAAAAAAGAGGUAGAAAAAGGAUCAUGGAUGCAGAUAGUAGAUGCUUAAAAUCUAAGGCUAUUCAAAGAGAGAAAUUGUUAGAAAAAUCUGAAAGUAGCGUUGCUUUAAGGAGUGCCAUGGCUUUCCACUCAGAAAAUCCCUUCUUCAUACGUGAAAUGCAUCCCUCGUACAUUAACAAUUAUUUUUUGGCCAUGCCAAGGAAUUUCAUAACAGCAGAAGAACUAGAGGAGUAUGACAGCAUUAUUCUGUGGAACUCUGAGGGGAAAUCUUGGCAUGUCAAGUUCAGUCUCAAUCGUUCCUCUGGACAAAUUUUUCUUAAAGGCCGAUGGAAGAAUUUUGUAGAGGAUAAUGGCCUGAAAGUUGGGAAUGUUUGUGUUUUUGAGCAAAUGCAGAAACUAGGAAUUUCAUUUAGAGUUUUUAUUUUUCGAAAUCCAGAAGAAUCAAAUCCGGGUCCUUCAAUGUUGUCAGAUUCUGAAUUUGUUGGAGGCCACAAUAGCUCAGGGAAUCAAUUCACCAUUCCUAUCAAGUCGAAUCAGCUUUAUAAGAAAAUACCAGCGAGUUUCCUCCGACAUCAUGAUAUUAAUAAUAUGAAUGAUGUGACGCUGCGAGUUGGGAAGAGAUCGUGGCAUGUGAAGGUGGAUGAUUACUGUAGAUUCACCACGGGUUGGUCUGAUUUUAUUAGUCAAUGCAAUUUGGAACCUGGAGAUUUAUGUCACUUCGAGUUGAUUGAUGAGGACGAUUUUGUGUUUCAAGUUAGAGUUACCAAGUGCAUCGAUUGAGUUGGUGUAAUUGUUAUUAGUAUCUUUUGCAUUUCAAUAAUACUAAUGCUAAUGGUUUAUCUAUUUUCUUUUA